UUUGCGUUCUCUUUUGGAGGCUUCCGAAGAGAUCUUUCAGAUGCGAACUCGAACGGUUUUCACCUCCUUGCAAGGGAAGCUGAGAAGCUCACAAACCAAACCAAAAAGCAACCAAAAACAAAUUCAGAACAAAUAAACUUGCAAACCCCAAAAGUACCAUACAUUUAUUGAUUGACCAUGAGCUCCCUUUCCUUACUUUUGACCCGUCGCACCACUCUGACAUUGGCAUCUCGAGCCGGUAGUCGUCUCUUUGUGGCUCGUGCCAUGAACAGCAGCAGUGCUCAACCCAAGAAGGACUACUUCAACGCGACGAGCGACGAUACGAACAUGCACGAUCAGUUUCAAAUUUUGGAGGGUUUGUUGGAAGACAAUUUGAAUAAAGCGGAUAAGAAUCGUCAAGCAUUGAAGCGAUUGGUGCCCAUGGCCGUGGAUGCUACGGAUGGAGAAACGGAUGGACAUGUGCAAGAUGAAUUGCGGGAGAUUCAAGUCUUGCUGGAAGAAGUGGCAGUCAGUAAGGAAGAAAUCAAAGAACGAUUGGCAAAAUUGCACGUCCAAAUGGAAGAAGCCCAAAAGAUAUUUGCCGUCGACAGUCCCGAUGGAGAAGUCGAUGGACACAUUGAAGAAGAAAUGGAAGAAAUCAAACACAUUAUUGACGAUGCUGCGGAACACGAAGACAAGGACAAGAUUGAAUACCAACACAAAAUGGAAGAUGCAGUGCGCAAGGACAGGGCCAGAGAUCCAGAACAUGAUUGGUAAGGCAUUGCAUUGCAUUACAUUACCCACAUUUCGCAGAAUGCAAUCUACACUGACAGACAAAAAAGACAGACCAGAAAACAAGCAGUACUAACAGCCAACUAACUAGCUAUACAUUCGCCAUAGUUU